CCAAAGUACAACGACGACGUUGUUUUAGAAGCUUGGACUUGUAGAAAGCAUUCACGAAGAGUUUCACGGCAUUACAGACGCAUCAGCUCAAUUAAACCUACACGACCGAGAUAAUUCAGGUAGCAAAACAUGGAGAAAAAAUCAUCUUGGAAAGAGUUUUUAGAGUCCAUCAGUGUCAUACAGUUCAUAUUUACAUUCCUCUUAAUGGGAGUGCUGUGUCUUUUGUUGAUGGUAUAUCUCAUGUUUACCUCCCUCUGGAUUCUCCCAAUACUGUACUUGUCCUGGCAAAUCUUUGACUGGGAUACACCAGAAAGAGGGGGCAGAAGAAGUGAAUUUGUGCGAAACUGGCAAGUAUGGAAACAUGCGAAAGAUUAUUUCCCUGUGAAGUUGGUGAAGACAGCUGAACUAAACCCAAGUAAGAACUACAUCCUGGGAUGCCACCCCCAUGGGAUAUUGAGUUUUGGAGGUGGUUUCUGUUUCAAUACAGAGGGCUGUGGUUUCACAGAGGUUUUCCCAGGAGUGCGCCCCUGCCUGGCCGUCUUGGGAGGACUCUUCCGGAUACCGCUGUUCAGGGAUUACCUCAUGAGUACAGGCCUUAUUCCAGUAAGUAAGAGGAGUAUUGAGCACCUGCUGACCAGGAGUGGGGUAGGGAAUGCGGUGGUCAUCAUCACCGGUGGUGCAGAAGAGUCCCUCUUCUCCUCCCCAGGAGUCAACACUGUAGUCAUGAAGAACAGGAAGGGCUUUGUCAAGCUGGCACUUGAGAACGGAACUGACCUGGUGCCAGUGUACUCGUUUGGGGAGACCGACACCUACAGGCAGGUGGUGCUGUCCGAGGGCAGCCUGGGUCGCAAGGUCCAGGUCAUCUUCAAACAGGUCGUGGGCUUCGCCCCGUGCCUCUUCAAGGGGGAGCGCUGGUUCCUGAUGCCCUACCGGAGUCCUAUCACCACCGUCGUGGGAAGUCCCAUCACAGUGCCCAAGGCGCCAUCUCCCACUCAGGAACAGGUGGAUCACUACCACCAACUGUACAUUGAGGCCUUGACCACACUUUUUCACAAGCACAAGACCAGCUGUGGCCUGGCUGAAACGCACCAGAUCUGCAUCAUCUAGAUCAUUCCAGAAUGAGGCUGAGAUCCAAGUCAAAGACAUUCCCAAAGAGUGCCAGUUUUAGCAUGCAAGGGUGAUUGAUUAUUUAUGUCAUUAUGUUGAAAUGGUAUGUAAUAAUGUUGUUUAUGUGUUCCGUCAAAUUGUACAAAAUGUUAAAGAUUACUAAUAUAGCCUAUGCUUCCAAUUGCAGUCUUUUCGGAUUUUGGAUUAAUUUAAAGUCGAUGCUUAUAUUUAUUGCUAUGUACUGGUUAUGCAUUGCUCUUUUAUUAAUGUAUGUGUGGUCGAUAGCUUCAUAAAUAGCUUUUGUCAAAGAAA